AUGCGCAGGGUCCAGUUUCAAUGGAUCACCGAUAUUUACAGCACUGCCGAUCCUGACAAAAGGGACGCAGUUAAUGCAGCAUGGGAUGAAAUUGUCCCUGCUCAUGGAAUUGUUGCGGUCCCCCACGAGUGGGCAGCUAAGCGGAAUUUACCCGCGAGUAUGAGCCUCUUUUCAGACCCCUCCAAGGGUGUCUAUAUCAUCGAUGCAUAUCACCAGAUUCACUGCCUGACAGUCAUCCGCAAAACAUUUACGCAACUGUCCUUGGGACAGGCUCCAAGCGUACCAGUCGGACACUCCAACCAUUGCUUCGACAGCUUGCUACAAUACAUUGUGUGCGGCACUUCGGGCGAUACACUACUCUAUACAUGGGGGCGCAAUAUCACAGGGGACCGACAGCUUCGGAAAUGUAUUGACUGGAACAAACGGAAGACGUGGGCGAAGGAAAAUACUGCCUGCUACAAGGACAGCGAUCAUCCAGUUCGGUUGAUUGAUCAUUUUAAUCACUGCGAGAAUGAUGAUGAUGGGAUCCGUUUACCGGGCUGGUAG